GGAGGAGUUAGAAGGAGGAAAGAAACACUUCAAAGUCAAGUGGUUCGACAUAGGACGCGGCUUUGGACUAGCAACACCACUAGGAGGAGACAAAACAACGGAGCGCGAAGCAGAAGACGAAGGGGAGCAACAGCUUCAGACAUACUUCAUCCACGUGAAGGAGAGCACAGACGGCAACUGCGCUCUCCAGGGAGAAACGAUAGUAGGUGGCAAGGUGAAGCACGG